GUCAUCGCGGCUCUAGGACCUUGGGAGUGGGCACAUGGGGGCACGGGGGUGCAGGUGCCAAGCACCAUGGGUUAGGCCCGAGAUCGGAGUCCGGCCGCCCCCCGACAGCAGCCGCCUCCUGCUCCCCGCGCGCCCCGGGCGCCACCAUGUCGGGCGACAAGCUCCUGAGUGAACUUGGCUAUAAGCUGGGCCGCACGAUAGGUGAGGGCAGCUACUCCAAGGUGAAGGUGGCCACCUCCAAGAAGUAUAAAGGGACGGUGGCCAUCAAGGUGGUGGACCGUCGGCGAGCGCCUCCGGACUUCGUCAACAAGUUUCUGCCUCGAGAGCUGUCCAUCCUGCGGGGAGUACGGCACCCGCACAUCGUGCACGUCUUCGAGUUCAUCGAGGUGUGCAACGGGAAGCUGUACAUCGUCAUGGAGGCAGCAGCCACCGACCUGCUGCAGGCAGUGCAGCGCAACGGGCGCAUCCCGGGGUCACAGGCGCGCGAACUCUUCUCGCAGAUCGCGGGUGCCGUGCGCUACCUGCACGACCACCACCUGGUGCACCGCGACCUCAAGUGCGAAAACGUGCUGCUGAGCCCUGACGAGCGCCGCGUCAAGCUCACGGAUUUCGGUUUUGGCCGUCAGGCGCACGGCUACCCAGACCUGAGCACCACCUACUGCGGCUCGGCCGCCUAUGCGUCACCUGAGGUGCUCCUGGGCAUCCCCUACGACCCCAAGAAAUACGACGUAUGGAGCCUGGGCGUUGUGCUCUACGUCAUGGUCACCGGGUGCAUGCCUUUCGAUGACUCGGACAUUGCUGGCCUGCCCCGGCGCCAGAAGCGCGGUGUGCUCUACCCCGACGGCCUCGAAUUGUCGGAACGAUGCAAGUCCUUGAUCGCCGAGCUGCUACAGUUCAGCCCAUCCGCCCGGCCCUCGGCGGGCCAGGUGGCGCGCAAUGGCUGGCUGCGGGCCGGGGACUCCGGCUAGGAGCCGGGGUUCUCGCUGUUCCCGCCGCACCAGGCCCUGAGCCAGGGCGGCGCACGCGCGACAGGCGAGCUUCGGGAAACCCGCGAAGUCGCCGCGCGCCACUGCGCACGAGCCCUGUCCCUUCCCCUGCCCCCACGGCGGCGGCCCGCAGAGGCCGGCUGUUGGAUUCUGGUUCCUCCUGCACAACCCGAUUGCUGGAGGGCGCAUGCACAUCCUCGAUUUCUGGCGAGAAGGCCCCGGGAGGGGCGCGAAGAAAAGAGAGAGAAGCAUUGCGCCUGCGCGGAAUGAGCUCCUGCUGCGCGAUGGGUGGCCCCGGCGCGGAGAAGCUGCGGGCCGGCGGUGCACUCCAAGUUCCAGGUUGGAACCUGCAAUAAAUUCGCUCUUCCUCGCAA